GCGAAAUGUUAUGACUGUCUCGUAGCUAAGUUAUUUGUGAUUAAUUUGUGUAUGUGAGUUUUUACUAGUGUAUAAACUUUGUCUUGACUUACAUCCGAAACAUGGCUUCUGAAAGAAUGGAGUGGGUGGAGAUCAUAGAGCCUCGGACCAAGGAGCACAUGUAUGCCAACCUAACUACAGGCGAGUGCGUCUGGGACCCACCCAAAGGGGUGCCUGUUAAGAAGACUGACAACAACCAGUGGUGGGAACUGUUUGACCAAAAUACCAGCAGGUUCUACUACUACAACGCCACCUCUCAGAAGACAGUGUGGCACAGGCCGCAGAAUUGUGACAUCAUACCUCUGGCUAAGUUGCAGACACUGAAACAAAACACAGAGCCUGUUGUUCAAGAUGAGGUCAAUGAAUCUAAUUCUCACAAACCCAAAGAAUCAGUCGCUACGCAGACUCCUGGUCGGUCCCGCACUCAUCAUGCACAUUCUACUAAGAGUCAAGAUACUGUCGAGAGUGGCCGACAGUCUAGCGGGAGUGGCCGAGUAGCCACAGAGACCCAGACACAGACCUCACCCCCAGCUUCCCCUCGGACAUCUCGACGGUCUCACCACCAUCAUCACCAUCAUAGUUGUGGUUGCAGGCAUCAACAUGCAUCACAGCAGGCUGCUCAGACUCACACACCCAGCAGGAUGCCGUCUACAGGGGCGGCUGACAGAGACGGACGACCAAGGCGAGGCAGUCACGGGUCCUGGUACCACAGGACGACUCAGACUCAGACUGGCCCAGUGCAAGAGUCAGGACGGUCUAGUGACUCCAGUUGUGUUUCGUUGAGCCGCAACUCCCUGGAGUCUUCAGUCAAGCCACUAGAGUCGCCUAACCACGGGCUCAAACACUCUCCAUCAAGUGGUCUGACGCUGUCCACGUCCACUCCGGUGCUGAAGAAGAAACCUCUCAGCGAUGCCAAUGCGCAGCCCGAGCGGCAGACGCAGGAGCGACGACCUGGUGUUUCGGUGCAGAGGAGUGCUUCCAACGCCGCACACCUGCCUGCCAAGCAGAAGAGCUUUGAUAUUGAUAUCAGUGUGGGUGGAGGCUACAGCCUAGGACAUGAGAACCGCAACACUGGAAGUGUGUCUAGGACACGUCCUGCACUGUCCAACAGUCAGUCUAACCAACAGCUGUCCAGGAGUCGUAGUCAGACCACCCCUCAACCUGUUACCGCACCUCUGUCAGUGUCCUCUACACUCUCCUUGGACCAGGAGGAGGAGGACUCCAUGCAUGAGAAGUACUUCUUGUCUGGGAACACACAACUGACUAGUGGACGAAGAUCUGUCGAGUCUACACCUCAGGCGCGCAGGAAACACCAACACAGAUGUCCCAAGCUGAGCCCAGACUAUGCCAACCUCGCCAGCAGUGUUCCUCCUCCACCUCCACAAUCAAGACACUCUCACUCGUCUUCCUCAAACUCCUCUACGUUAGCCAACGCCCACCGUCUGCAACCUGCACAUAUUGUUACCAGAGACAGAGAGGCAGGACUGUCAAGUAGUGAUAAUGAGAAUGACUCAAGCACCAGUGUGUCCUCUAGUCCUAGAACACAGCCACUGCUACAUCCGGACACUGCUACCAACGAACACAACGACAAAGUUCUGAAACGACCAACGUUCAACAACGUGGAGGAGCGACACAACAACUCGCUGCACAACAGACGAGCUGUGCUGAAGAACAACGGCAAUCACAGCUUGACACUGUGUCCAAGGGUGGACAACAAAACUGACUCUUCACCAGUGUACUCCAACCAGCCAGUAGGGGUGGGAGGGUUCAUACUGGAACCUGAGAUGCAGGAACACCUUCUACCCCUACAGCAGUAUAUACUAGAACAGGCUAAACUGUCAGGUUGCUACAGAUUCGGCGACAGUCUUGUGGAGGAGGCAGAUUCUCUACACUCGGACGAGGAGGACGCAGGUCAGCUGCUACAAGGAGGAGUAGAGUACGACAGUGAUGAGUUUGCCGAUGACGAAGGGAUGAGCAACCAAGAUGACUCCAGCAGCCAGGAGUACCUGCAUGAUGAGCCCAGCUAUCUAGAUACUGUAGAACAGUACAGAUACGCCAACUGGGAGAGAAGUUACCCAACUGAUGGUCGUGUCAGUGACUACGUAGUUGACAGUCUGGAGUCUCGUAUGGCUGCCUCCAGUGGCUACAACACCAAUGUCACCUCUCUGUCACAACAGCAGACCUCCAGAAGUAAUAGUCUAGCCACUACCUUGUCUGGAGCUUUAGGAAUAAAUACUACGUUACCAUUAGAAACGCAACACGCUUCUUUGAAAAGGAAGAAAGAUCCACCAGCGCCCGCGCCAGUCCUGUAUUCUCCUAUUAUGGAACGAGCGGAGAGAGUUGACUACAGACGACAGAUAUCAUCUUCCCCUCCCUGUGGGUCUGGCCCCCCACCCUCUCCCCUUCCACUUAUUACUCACUCUCUCCCAUGCUCCCCUUCCCCUCUCUCGGCUUCUCUUCAGUACGAACAGCUAUCUAGGGUAGUUUUGAAUAAAAAGCUGCCCUCUGAAAGCGACAUAGAGAAGUAUGCUCAAGACAAUCUCAAUAUCCACAAGAAGGGCAUAUUUAGGAAAAAGUUCUCCAUCAGAGAUAUGCUAUCUUGGUCAAAAGAUCCAAUCAGAAAGCCGAUGCUGGUGUUGUCGGACAAAUCGCUCAAGAAAGACGCAGUGGAGAUGUUCAAACUCGUGCAGAUCUACAUGAGCGAUCGUAAGGCUAAGCUAGGCAUGAGUCUGAACAGUGUAGCCCUAGAGAUCUGCAACCUUGGGUACAACAAGCCAGCCUUGCGGGACGAACUGUACAUACAGAUCUGCCGGCAGACGACUGAGAACCCUCGCAGGGAGAGUCUUCGAAGAGGAUGGGAACUUUUAGCGAUAUGUCUUUCAUUUUUCCCACCGUCACCCAAGUUUCAAACAUACUUGGAUAGCUAUAUGAAUAGGCACAGAGAUCCAAGCUUUGACUUCCCAGAGGUAGGCAAGUGGCCGAUCCACGUCCAGGUUAGCCACUACGCCAGUGUUGCCUGCAAGCGGCUAGAGAGGGGUGGAGAGGGGGGAAAGAGACCGCCGAGAAAACCCACAUUGGAGGAGAUCGAUCAGGCUAGAUUGCAGAUCUUCAGACCAAGCAUGUUCGGGUCCACUCUGCAAGAGGUGAUGGCCCUACAGAAGGAGAGGUUCCCUCACUACAAGCUGCCAUGGAUACAGACCACUCUAUCUGAAGAAGUACUGAGGCUACAGGGAGCCCAGACUGAAGGCAUAUUCAGGGUAUCUGCGGAUGUAGAUGAAGUGACUAGUCUCAAGAUGCAGCUAGACAGGUGGGAUCGGCCCACAGACUGGACGGACGCUCACACUCCUGCGUCUCUGCUCAAGUUGUGGUAUAGAGAGCUGUACGAGCCACUCAUACCGGACACCAUGUACAACGAGUGUAUUCAGCAUCACGAUAACCCAAUCCGAGCGAUACAAAUUGUCGAUAGUCUUCCAGAAAUCAACAGGCUCGUUUUGUCCUACCUUGUGCGAUUUCUUCAGAUAUUUGCACGGAGCGAGGUUGUACAGCAGACCAAGAUGGACGCCAGCAACCUGGCCAUGGUGAUCGCACCUAACUGUCUGCGCUGCACCUCCCACGACCCUCGCGUCAUCUUCGACAACGCGCGCAAGGAGAUGGCGUUCAUGCGCACCCUCAUUCAGUACUUAGACACCAACUUUGUGGAGGGAGUCGUAUAGAAAGAUGGUCGGAGCGACCAGACACUACAAUUUGUGCCUGAGUUAUGCCAUUCAUACCAAAGUUAGCAGAUUAAGUAUACAGUCUUAUUUUCGUGUAAAUAAGAAUAAUCUCAGAAUGUAAUAUAAUUUGUUUGUAUUUAAUUUGUUGUUUAUCAUUCUGUAAAGAAUUAGUCAUGUUUGUCAGACAAAUACGUUUUAAGAGUUUAAGAAACUAGCAUUCGUACAAUGCAAACCCUAUGGGUCGGAAUCCGUACACGAAUCUGAUCGCAAUUCAACGUCAGCGAAAGACGAAGGGUCAGUGCUCAAUCGAUAAUAAUCUUCCUAUUCUGCGUUUGUUGUUUGUGUUAUAGAACGGAGUAAAUAUCUCGCUAGUCAUUUAAUUUUCAGAAAUUCCAUUGUGUAGCCUACUGCAUGCUACAAUGCUAAAAAGUAUUUUUGCAUUUCAUCCUGCUUUUAAAUACCUGGUGAACUGUGCACUUUUUUGGUGGAUCUAAAUAUAUAUUUGAUUGAUAUUGAUUUAUCAAUAAUUCAAUUUGUAGGUAAAUUUCUUAACAAUUUAGAGAAACUUCAACGUAGUUGGUUUAUGUAGUUAAAUUAAUUGAUUUACAACAAUUAUGUAAUUCUCAUCUUUUGACUUCGUGAUUUACUGAUGAAUAAGUGUAUUAGUUUUUGCUUUAAACCUUCCUUGUAUUGGUAGAACUUAUUAUAACAUAAAUGCUUGAAUUUUAGUUAUUUAUUUAUAUAAAAAAUGAUAGGUAAAACUUUUGACAAAUUCAGGACAUUAACGUCUUAUAUAUUAGGUAAUUUUUUGCCAACAAGUUUUAGGAUAAUUGUAGACCUAAUUUUCGGGCAACAUGUAAACAAUUGUUAGGGAGUAUCGGGGCUUAGUUAAAAUUUUUAGGAUAUCACUGUUAAUGUUAAUAAUAAAUUAGGAAAUUUGCUUCAAAAAAUUGCUAUGAUAGUAAGUUCUAUCAACACCAUAAGGUCAACGGAUGAAAAAAUCUUGAGUCAUCACUAAAUCACAAGUCUGAUAUAAUUUAUGACUAAUAAUGAGCUGUGAAAAUGCCUGAACUUUUACAAGCAUGUGCAGUUUUGUUUUCAAAUUUGUUACUUAAAAAUAGACUUCGACGAGGAUAAUUUUUAAUCCUGGUAUUUCCAAGUUUAAUUGUUAUAAUUGAGAUUAUAAAAAAUCCUUGGACUUUUUCUCACAGACUAAGUCCAUCUAAACUGAAAUACAACAAUACUUUUAUGUUUAACAUCAUUUUCAACCUUUUAAAGAUAGUUUAGACUGUGCACAGUUUAACUAACGUAAACGAUUAUUACUAUUUAACAUCACCCUGAAGUUUCUCUAUAGUUUUAGUCCCAAAAUGAUUUUGUUAAACCCAGCAAUCCAAUGCGAUGUUGAUUUAAUGUAGUAAUUACAUUACCAAUUUGUUUUAUAUGUAUUUAACUUCUAUAAAACUGUUUAUAGAACUUUGCUUUGAUAAUCCCAAAUGAGUUCCAAAAACACAACACUAGCUUGUGGUAUUUUUGUAUUAUGUGGAAAGAAUAAAUUAGAAAUACUAUUGAAUUAUAUAUUAUGCGAUAACAUAUAAUACCACCAUUGUGCUCCUUUAAACAUUGUAUUUAUUGAGUAAUCAUUAGUGGUUUUUAUAGUAUUGUUUUAUUGGAAUUUUAAAGAAAUGUGGUAUGUUUUGUUUCAUGAAGUUUUUUGUUCUUACACUGAACUUACUACUUUGUUCUAUGACUGCACUUAAUUUUUUAAGAGUGUUAAACACUAAGUGGUCCAAUCAACUUAAGU